AUGGCUCAACUUUCUAUUGCUGUUACUGCUUUGGAAUCCGAGUCUGCUUUCGCCAAGGCUUAUGAAAAGGGUGUUAACAAGAAGGAGUACUGGCAAUACGCUUAUGAGGACUCAAUUGACUUGAUUGCCAAGUUGCCCUCUAUUGCUGCUAGAAUCUACCGCAACGUUUUCAAGGAUGGUAAGGUUGCUCCCAUUGACUCUUCUCUUGAUUACUCUGCCAACUUUGCUAAGCAACUUGGUUUCGCCGAUUCUAAGGAGUUCACCGAACUUUUGCGUCUUUACUUGACCAUCCACACUGAUCACGAGGGUGGUAACGUUUCUGCCCACACCACCCACUUGGUCGGAUCCGCUUUGUCGUCUCCUUUCUUGUCGGUUGCUGCUGGUUUGAAUGGUCUUGCCGGUCCUUUGCACGGAAGAGCCAACCAAGAGGUUCUUGAGUGGAUUUUGGAGAUCAAGUCCAAGAUCGGAUCCAACGUUACUAAGGAAGAUAUUGAGAAGUAUCUUUGGGAUACUCUUAAUGCCGGUCGUGUCGUUCCUGGUUACGGUCACGCCGUUCUCCGUAAGACCGAUCCUCGUUACACUGCUCAACGUGAGUUUGCUCUUAAGCACAUGCCCGAUUAUGACUUGUUCCACCUUGUUUCCACCAUUUACGAGGUCGCUCCUAAGGUGUUGACCGAGCACGGAAAGACCAAGAACCCCUGGCCCAAUGUGGACUCGCACUCUGGUGUCCUUCUCCAAUACUACGGACUUACUGAGCAAUCCUACUACACUGUCUUGUUCGGUGUUUCCCGUGCCAUUGGUGUCCUUCCUCAAAUCAUCAUUGAUCGUGCUGUUGGCAUGCCCAUUGAGAGACCCAAGUCCUUCUCCACUGAGAAGUACGCCGAGUUGGUUGGUGCCAAGUUGUAA